UGACAGUGGGCUCCGGGCAGACCGACUGCAGAUGAAGUUUUCACUCACUCUCACCCGGUGGGACUCUCAGGAAUUCAGAUUAACCGACCGGACUUCACCGUGCGACUGACAUGUUGCGAUGUUUCGCGCAGACAUACAAAACGUGCACUUGUUUCGGGUCAUUAUGUUGUGUUUUGCACUUUUUCCGGAGGCUGGCUGUGGGUCAGCCGAUGCAGGCAGCUGUCAUGAGGUGAAGAUAGCCUACAUGAUGCGCCAGAUAGGCCCCGUGCAACUGGUGCCAGAAAGACCCGGUACAGGGGAGCCGCUGAGAGUGUGUGUGCAUGCUGGGCCCAGCUGCUGCACGAGUAAAAUGGAGGACAGCUACAUGGCAGCUGUUCGUAGCGAGAUGCAGCACAAGAUGCGAUCCUACAGCUUCGAACUCAAAUACCUGAUUGAUGGACAUGGAAAGGCCUUCCAAGAAACCUUUGAGUCACUCGUGUCCUUCACAUCGAACCUGACAUGCAGUCUGUUUGACAGCGCCUACUCCGCUCUCGCAUCAGACUGCCGGCUUCCUGUGUUCCAGCUGUUUUCCGACAUCAGACGCCACCUUUCAGGAGACGCUAACUCCUCCCUGAACAACGCAGUGCGCCGAUUUUACAACGACCUCUUCCCGCUGGUGUACCGCCGCCUGCUCAACCCUGGGAUUGGCCGUCCAUCGGCAACAUCCCAUUUAUCCUUCUUAUCCAAUCACGACGAAUGUCUGCGGAUGACACAGCAGGAUGUGAGCCCCUUCGGACCCCAUCCUCGGCUGCUCGUCGGCAGCCUGUCUCGCGCUCUCGGACCCGGUCGGGCGCUGAGCCGGCUGCUGAGGCUGGCAGGAGAAGUUGUGAAUUCAACAGAGAAGUUGACCUUAUCCAGGGAGUGUGGAAGGGGAUUAGUAAAGAUGCAGUACUGUUCGCACUGUAGAGGUCUAACGCUGUUACGGCCCUGCACUGGACUGUGCCACAAUGUCAUGAAAGGAUGUCUGGUGGGUGUUUCUGAGCUUGGUGCCCCCUGGGGACGCUUGGUGGUAUUGCUCCAAAGGUUAGCUGCUACUUUAGCAACCAGCAGCAACCACAACAGUAUGGAGCUAGCUCUGCUGGCAGUUCGAAACCAUGUGAAUGAUGCAAUACUACACGCACAACUUCACGGUCCACGAAUCACAGCUACAGUGGAGAAGGUUUGUGGGCCGCAGGAACCUGGUUUCAUGCUGACGGAUACGAAGUCAUCCCAAAUACACCCUGUAACCCGGGCAACGCUACUCGCCUCGAAGGCGUCGGCGGUAAUUCUGCCUGCUUCACCUCAUCGCCAUUUGCAGUCGCAUCCCCAGAAGUCAUUCCCUCUUAAGGGUGCUAAAGGAGACAAAAGUCGAAGCCUGAAAAAACUAUCAAGGGAAUUUGAGAUCUCCAUCCAGCGGUACCGGUGGUUUUUGUCUGAGCUGCCAGAAAUGCUUUGUGAAAGUGAAAUGGAGGUUGAGCAGCACACAUGCUGGAGUGGUGAAGAUGUUGUAGAAAGUUAUGCAGGUCACGUUGUUGGCAGCACUUUGAAAGCCCAGAAGGAGAAUCCAGAGACGUCUAUACGCCACACAGAUCCUGCCCUGAAGGAGGUGAAGCAAAGGCUGGCGCGGCUAACGCAGGAGCUGUUGGUUGAUCUCGGCUGGGCAAGCAGAAAGAGAGGAAGAGGGGAAGAGGACGGAGGGAGCGCCCUGACGGAUGGAAGCGGCGGAGACGAUUGUGAUGAUGAGGAUGGCUGUGGAGCAUCUGGUGAAGAGAGCUCUGGUCGGGCUGUUACCCUGAACCCUCCUGGACCUGAAUGGAUCCAGAUUCUGGGCCAUUCAGGAUCCUGCAUCAUGAACCAGAGGUUAAAUUUAGAGGAGACUGAACUGGGUCCAAAACAACGUGCAGCCGGGUUAAAGGUCACCGAUGCAUUCAUCAUCCCUGCGAUGUCCUUGUCGUUGCUGAACAUCUUCUUGCGGAGCGGAGUAAACCUCGAGUGGAGCUUUCUGAUCCUGCAUGACUCUGCAGCGAGG